AUGCCUGGUCCUUUGUCACUUUUCUCCGUCAAUGCGGUCCUCGUCAUGUCCGCUGACGACGGAUCCCGGAUUUUCGCCAAAUACUACUCGGCACCUCACCCCCCCGCCGGCGCAGCACCCAACUCCACCGAUUACCCCGGUGCGAACCCUUACCCUACUCUCAAGGAGCAGCGGGCAUUCGAAAAGGGUCUUCUUGAAAAGACCAACAAAUCCACUAGCGAUGUGAUCUUAUACGACAACCGCAUCGUGGUGUUUAAGAUGGAGAGCGACGUGAUGCUCUACGUGGUGGGAAGCGCUGAUGAGAACGAGGUCCUGCUUUACAAUGUGGUUCUGUCGCUCCGUGAUGCUCUGGGAAUAUUGUUCAAGGGUGCCACCGACAAGCGUACCAUUGUCGAGAACUACGACCUUGUUUCCCUUGCCAUUGACGAAAUUAUCGACGACGGUAUCAUCCUCGAGACUGACCCUGUCAUGGUUGCUUCGCGAGUUAGCCGUGCCCCGGCUGCCGAUGCGCCGAACAUGAAGAGCAUCGACCUGUCGGAACAAGGUCUGAUGAAUGCAUGGGAGUUUGGCAAGCGGCGUCUGGCCGAGGGCUUGCGGCAGAUGUAG